AAUGCUGAGCAUUUCAUUUUUCACCGGAAAAUUGUUCACUAAUUCUUUGUGUUUCCGUAAACCAGUUACAGGCAUUUUUUCCCGGCGUUUUUGUUUACGAUUUCUUUUGGAAAAAUAUUAUUCUGGUUCAGCAAUAUUAUUAACGCGGGAAGACGUAGACCGCGGACUGGAAUUAAUGUUUCUGGAGAGAAAAAUGCCGAAAAAGACGGUGCAGACGACGUCCAUCCUGAAACCGGUGGGAACGUAUUAUCGCGGUCAGUUAGCCACAUUACACGUAGCGGAUUACACAUCCAACGGGCAGAAGAUGCACGUGAUCGCCAAACAGAGCAAGUACACGGAGGAAUUUGAUCUCGGUGUGGCCAAGAUGUUCUGCGAUAUCCGGGAGGAGAAAUGGCAGCCACUGUACGCACUCAAACAUUCCAAUGUGGUGCGGUAUUUCGAUGGCUUCUUCAAACAUAUGCUCGUACCGGAAGACUCCGCACCGCAGGCGCUACUCAUUAUGGAAUUCUUUCCCGGUGGUGACUUGCACCGGUUGUUGCACACGGCCGAUCUGCCGCGCACCCUCUGCCUGGACUAUCUCAAACAGAUCCUCCUCGGCCUGGAAUACCUCCACGCCAACCGUCUCAAACACCUGCAUAUCCAGCCGCGCAAACUCCUCCUGGAUGACGCCGACUCCGUGGGCACCUACCGGACCAUCAAAAUCGCCGGCCUCGACGAGUCCGUCAUGCUUGAUACCCAGCACCCCCAGAGCCUAGCCACCCUGCGGGAAGCGGUCCGCUACAUGUCACCGGAAGUAGCGCAGUUUCUAUCUUCAACAGACAGUCAAAACGCCGCAACCGACGAGUUUCCGGUACAGGGUGUAUCCACCCGCAGUGAUGUGUACAGUGUCGGUGUGAUCUUCCUGGAUAUGGCGUUCUACACCGGGAAAACCGUGUUGGUGCGGAAUAAAACACGACCGCUGCAAAAACGGCAGCUGGCGGUGGACGAUGAGACGGACGCGGAGACGGUGGUGAAAUUUCUCGUGGAAGGCGGAUAUCCCGAAGUGCACUACACGGCGUCAGCGGUGUACAGGGAUUUCGCGGAGCGGUGUUGUAUGCGCAGUGCUAAACAGCGACCAACGGCCGCUGAUUUAUUAGCGCAUCCGAUAUUCGCGGCGGCUGCACGCCGCGUCAAUGAAUAUCUCAUUUAAAGUUUUCGCUCGGAACGGUCUUCAAUGUUUUUUUUAGCAAAAUCUUGGCUGUAGCAUUUGAUCAAAGGUCAAAUUUCAAUAAGGAGAAACUGAAUUUUGCAUUUGCUGGUUGGUAUAAAUAGCUGAUACAAGUACCCUAAUAAA